CGGACCAGACGACGCUGUUGUUUAACAAAAUUUGUACAUAUAUGCCAAAUGCAUAGAUCAAAAAUGGGUAGCCGUUCUUUCAUAUAUGAGGGUAUUCUCAUCUGCCUCUGUCUACUUAUGAUGAGCCCUUGUGAAUGUGAAGAGCAAAUCCCAUUGAGGAUUAAGGAUUCUGGGAUUAAACCUUUUGGCAGAGAGGAUACUGGCCUUAUAUUUUAUGUAACAGCUCAGAAUCAGGGAAAGGAACCACUGAAUUUAAAAGCAGCAAUGCACAAAUGUUGCCUUCUAGAAUCACCAGAGGAUUGUGAGUCCAUGCAUCUAAUAGGUGGAAAGAAAGUCAUUUUGUCCCCAUAUGAUUCUUGCAAUAUAACCCUUAUGUUUGUGAACCUGUACUUAAUAGAUCGUAUAGGAUAUUGUCAAGUUGAUGCCAUCUACAACAAAAGUCAAGCAAUAAGGCAUCAGAUUAAUUUUAAUACAACUGCUUCAUAUAACAGUUGGUUUGCAUCAGAUUUACAAGGGUAUCCUGACUGUGGAAGUCCUGAUGAAGAUAGACUGAAUCGUUGUACUCCUGUGGACUGUGUAGUCAAAUACAAUGGCUUUCGAAAUGUCUUCAAUGAUAAAACUAGAAGGUGUGAAGAGGUGCCUCCGUGUAUUUCUGGUGCAGCGGCAGGAAACACACCCACCAAGGUUUAUUUGAAGGAGUUCAAUCAGUGCAGAGAUUUUGACCUAGCUUUGGAAGAAGAAGAUUUGAAUUACAUGGCUGGUAGCAAAGCAUCAUCAGAUCUAGAAAUAUUGGAUGUAAUGCAAAUUAAGCACUAUAAGUGUCACCAUGGCCACCAAAAUGACAAAGGAAAAGGGUGCAUAUGUGACACAGGCUGGUCAAGUGAGGGGAGUGAUGAGAGCCAAUAUGAACCACUCACAGGAACAUAUCAUAUGUGCAACUUGGAAAUAGCAUAUCAUGAACCACCUAAAACCAUUGACAUACAUGUUUUGAUUGUAUCCCUAUAA